AUGGCAGAACCAACCACCGCUGAUUUGGCCAAGAUGAUCGAGGCCUUGACUGCAACGGUGGCGUCCCUGCAGACGUCUGUCGCCGCACUGCAGAAGGAGAAGUCCGCCUCCUCGUCGGGCGCUGACGGGGCCCACGAUGGGCAGCACCACAACGAUCGACCACCCCGGUUUCAGAAGAUGGACUUCCCCAAGUUCGACGGCAAGUCCGACCCUCUCGCAUUUUCAUCAACAGAUGUCCAGCGCGACGAGGGCACACCUCCGUGGCGCCGCUUCACCGAGCUGCUCAAUCUCCGCUUCGGGCCACCUCUGCGCGCUAACCCGCUGGGCGAACUGAUGGCGUGCAAGCGCACGACGUCCGUCGUCGACUUCCAGGAGCGGUUUGAGGCGCUCCUUCCCCGGGCAGGCUUCUUAUCGGAGACACAGAAGGUUCAGAUCUUCACCGCGGGACUCCAGCCACCCCUCAGCCUCGACGUGGAGAUCCACAACCCGCAGUCCCUCGCCGUCGCCAUGAGUCUCGCCCGCAAGUUGGAGCUGCGCGACCAGUGCGCGCUCGCCUCCGCGCCACCGGUUCGUUUUCAGCAGAUGGGCAUCCUGCCGGCGCCCGUACCACGCCUCGCGCCCCCCGCACCGGCACCACCAGCCGCACCCCAGCCUGCCCCCGUUCUGCCGGAAGGGCGCCAAAUCAAACGUCUGUCACAGGCGGAGAUGGAGGAACGCCGUCGCCUGGGCCUCUGCUUCAAUUGUAAUGAGAAGUUUGGCAGGGGCCACAACCGCGUGUGUCAGCGCAUCUUUCUCCUCGACCUGGCGCCAGACGACGACGACGACGAUGCGGCCUCCACCACCGCUGAUGCCUCGCAGGCCGACCCUCGGAUCUCGCUCCACGCAAUCUCCGGCGUGCGCACGAGCGAGACCAUGCAGAUGCAUAUCACACUCGGGGGUGUCUCCCUCCUCGCCCUGAUCGACUCUGGCUCCACCCACAACUUCAUCGCCGAGGAGGCGGCCGCCCAGGCGUUCUCGGAGGAUUUCCUCGCCUUGCCGCUCGCGGGCUACGACGUCGUCCUGGGCACGCAGUGGCUUGCGACGCUUGGACCGAUCCUGUGGGAUUUCCGCACCCUCUCCAUGACGUUCUGGCGGGAGGGCCAUCGGGUGUGCUGGCGCGACAUUGCAGGACCGGCUGGACUAGCCCUGAAAUCAUGCAGCGGCCGUGACUUCCUCGACGCCAUCAUCACCGAGUUCGACGGCAUCUUCGCCGAACCCUCCGGCAUGCCACCACCCCGCGGCCGCGACCACGGCAUCACCCUGCUGCCCGGUUCCGCUCCGGUGGCCGUCCGUCCGUAUCGCUACCCGGCCGCACACAAGGACGAGCUGGAGCGUCAGUGCGCCGCCAUGCUCGCCCAGGGCAUCAUCCGAGCGAGUUGUUCCGCAUUCUCCUCGCCGGUACUGCUGGUCCGCAAGCCCGACGGGUCCUGGCGCUUCUGCAUCGACUACCGCGCCCUGAACGCCAUCACCGUCAAGGAUGCGUUUCCGAUCCCGGUGGUGGACGAACUCCUCGACGAGCUCCGGCGCGCUCGUUUCUUCACCAAGCUCGACUUGCGCUCCGGCUACCACCAGGUGCGGAUGCGCGCAGAGGACAUCCCAAAGACCGCCUUACGCACCCACGACGGCCUCUACGAGUUCCUGGUGAUGCCGUUCGGCCUCUGCAACGCGCCGGCGACGUUCCAGGCACUCAUGAACGAUCUGCUGCGGCCGUACCUGCGCCGUUUCGUUCUCGUCUUCUUCGACGACAUCCUCAUUUUCAGCGAGACGUGGGCCGACCAUCUCCGACAUGUGCGCACCGUCUUCACCGUCCUGCACCAGCACCGGCUCUUCGUCAAGCGAUAG